UUCCCCUAUAUUAUAUGAAAGAAAGAGCUCAUUUGAUAUUUGAGCAGAAAAUUUUCUUCACCCUACUUGAGGUAUAGGUGUAAAAGUUUUGAAUACAAUGGGAAGAGUUGAAGAAAAUAAUGAAAUAGAAACUCCUGAACCAGUUGCCUCACAGCCUCCUCCACAGUACCAAGGAGUAAAGGAUGUACAGCCGCCAUCGCCAUCGCCAUCGCCAUCGCCAUCGCCAUCACCAUUACCAAUUGGAGCUCCCUGGAGCACUGGCUUAUUUGAUUGUCAUUUGGACCAAACUAAUGCUGUUAUGACAGCAUUCUUACCUUGUGUAACAUUCGGACAGAUAGCAGAAGUCCUCGAUGCAGGAGAAAUGACAUGUCCUUUGGGGACUUUCCUAUACUUGCUGAUGAUGCCUGCUGUUUGCUCUCAGUGGAUAAUGGGCUCCAAGUAUAGAACUAAGCUGAGACAGAAAUAUAAUCUUGUGGAAGCUCCUUAUUCAGAUAUAGUUUCCCACAUUUUCUGUCCAUGUUGCUCUCUUUGUCAAGAGUUCAGAGAGCUUCAACACAGGGGACUUGAUCCUGCUCUAGGAUGGAAUGGUAUUGUUGCUCAGCAGCAUUAUGGGAACCAACAAGUGAAUCAAGCUCCCCAAGUACAAUCCAUGUCUAAGUAAAAUUCAAGAUUCUGAUUCUUUAUUUGUUUGAGUUGAGGUUGUAAUAUGUUACAUGUGUUUUGCUACAACCACAUUCUGUUCAUGUGUAGUCUUAUUAUUUAUUCUACCAUCUUGUUGGUAGUGUUGAUUGUUGUACUAUAUUUCUAAAACUCCAUUUUUGUUAGAUUAUUGUUUUACUGGAAGCAAUACCUUCUGGUCUAUGUGCUACAAACAAGACAAAUCAAUCUUUGGUAUGCUGUGGAGAAUU